UCCAUUUCCCAUGAUUAUAAUUAUGAAACCUGAAUUUAUCUCCAUUUUCCAGGAUUCACCUUUACUGAUCUCCUCCUUUCUUGCUAGCUUCUUUCUUUGGGGAAUUUGAUCGAACGAGUAAUGGGGGACUUGACGACGUUGGCGAAGGCGAGAUUGGAGCUUGAAAAACUCUAUCUGGGAGUCCCCGACGACUCCGUCAAUCUCACCUUUCAACACCUUGCAGACGUCAAUCAAAAACCCGGGAAAAAGGAGCCCAACUCCACCAUCACCAUCAUGGAAGCCAUUGAAGAAGUUAAAACCGUCAAACACGCCUCUUCACGAAUUAGAAAAUUACCCAGCCUUGAUUUCAAUCGCGCCUUACAAGCAUCCAAACCUCACGAUCUCCACCGCGACCACCAUCUCGAUAGAGAUGAUCAUCAUCGUCUCCACUACGGCCAUCAUAAUCACGAUCACCAUAAUCGUAAUCAUGUGGUCGGGAGUAGCAUCGGAGCAUUUGACGACAUAAGUGGCGUGAGUAUGGCUUCCACCCUUCCAGAUAGAGGUCGAGGGCGUCGGCCUGGAAUUCCUCACUCCAAUAUCUGCACUAUUUGCACAAUUUACAUCUAUAUUUUCAGGCACCGAUGCCUUGUUUGUGGAAGGGUCUACUGCAGGAACUGCGUAGCCAUUGGCAUGGGAGAUAUGACGGAAGGAAGAAAAUGCCUCGACUGUCUAGGCAGAAGAUUCAGCCAACGAUAUAUAAAUAAAGCAGGGAAGGUUGGGUGUUUGUCAAGGUACCCAGUAAUGGUUAAGCAAGCAGAGCUCAAAUGGGCUGAAAAAGGACCUAGGAGAAGCGGUGAAAGAGCCAACGGUCGCAGCGCUGUUAUGAUGUCCAGAUCAAUAAGCCCAAUGACCCCUACGAAGCCACAUCGUGGAACUAGCAAUCCUCCUUCUUUUGUCACCCCGUCCUCUCCUUAUUCCCCCUAUACCACUCCUACCCACCAUCACCUCCCACUUUAAUUAUAAUCUUAGCUUAUUUUGUAAUGUGCUGUUUUAACAAACUACAUGAGUUUCCGAUGAGUGAUGAAUGUUUUUUUAAUUAUUUUUAGCUUAUUUUGUUUUAACAUAUUACGCCAAUUUUUUUUUUUUUUACUAUUGUUAUUAAAUUAUUGGCAAACUUUAUAUGUCUAGUACUUU